AUGUCUUCAGUCGGGAAGUUGGGAGAGUUCGAGGUGAAGUGUGGUAAUUGGUCUUCAUACAUCGAUAGACUCGAAAUGUACUUUGUAGUGAAUAGUGUAAAAGACGACCUAAAGUUACCCACGUUGAUCGCUACUAUGGGGGAGGAAGCGUAUGAACUGUUGGUGAACCUCGCUAGUCCUAAGAAGCCAAAGGAUUUGACCUUCACUGAGGCGGACGACCUUAUGCGGAAGCACCUACAACCGUCCCCGUCGGCUUUGGCGGAGCGGUAUCGUUUCAGGCAGAGAAGACAGAAUGUAGAAGAAAAUAUCGCGGGGUAUGUGGCUGAAUUAAAAAGAUUAGCGCGUAACUGUAAGUUUGGUAGCAGUUUGAGUGAAAAUUUACGAGACCAGUUUGUCUGUGGAAUGAGGAGUGAAGUGAUAAGGCAGAGGUUAUUCGCCGAGGACGAUGACUUGUCCUUCAGUAAUGCGGUCACGGUUGCAAGCUCGUUAGAAGCGGCGGAGAGGGACGCGGCAGCGGUGGAGCAGGGUGCGGGAGGCGCGGGCGCAGGCUGCGGCGGCGGCGCGGCGGGUCGAGCGCCAACGCCUUGCAUUCAUCUAUUAACGCAAUGGCAUUAA